GUGUAUUCCUCUUUCCACGAUGAACAAACCGAUCUUUGGCGACGGGCUAUGUGCCUUUUCGAAUUCUGAUGUGUCGGGUCCCGACAUGAGGCCCACACGUGUGCGGCGGUGAAGAGGCUCGGAUUUUUGCCCUUCAUAUCUUUGGCCCCGCCCAUCAUCACGACCGCUAUCCCUAUGCUUCAGCCUCCAAUGGCCCACAACUACAACAUUUCUGUCGACACCUCGCUGGAGAAGGUGAAGCGGCAUCCGAAGUACUAUCUCUCCGGCGGAGACAUUCAUUUCCUGGUUGAGAACUACCUUUUCCGUGUACAUCGUUACUUCUUCGAGCGCGAGUCGGCAUUCUUCCGCGAGAAGUUCGCCGUCGCUGCACCUCCUGGGCAGCAGCCGAAGGGCUCGACAGACGCGCACGCAUUCCCUCUGGAGGAUGUCUUGGCCAACGACUUUGCACGAUUUCUCUGGGUGUUCUACAACCCGAAAUACUCCAUUUACGACGCUACCGUUGAAGAUUGGUCAGCCAUCCUGAAGUUGGCAUUCGACUGGCGGUUCGCGGAAGUCAAGAAGCUCUGCGUACGGGAGCUCGAGAAGUUCGAGAUCCCGGCGCUGCGUAAGAUCGAGCUCUACCAGGCGUACGAGCUGGACAAGAAGCUCCUCAUCCCUUCGUAUAUCGCGAUGUGCAUGCGGCCCGAGCCGCUGUCCAUCAAGGAGGGCCGCCAGCUCGGUCUCGAGACAGCGCUGCUUCUGGCGACCGCCCGAGAGUCCGCGCGGGGUAGGCCGUCGGGCAGCCCCGGUCAGCUCUGCUCCUCGCCCGUGACUGCCGGGGGCGAGGAUAUGGUCUCCAUCAUCAAGGAUGUUUUUGGCAUCACUGCGGGCCCGCCCUCCCCUUCCCUUACGCCGCUCGAGAACAUUGGGAGCGCGUCCGCCUUCACGAUCCCUGCUAUGAACGGCAUGAACCGUACUUUCACGACCCCCAAGAAGCCUACGCUCGCCGCCCCUUCUCACAGCGCAGCAACGACGGCGGUUGACUCGACCUUCGGUCCGUCGUCGACGCCCACCGUCACGGCUGCUAAGGAUGCAGCAAAAUCCCCAGGUCAAUUCGCCUCGAACUCUUCCCCUACUAUUCUCAGCGGGAGACUGAACUCUGUAUUUGCUCCAAUGCAGGGAACGGUACACCCACCUCCGCUGGAGCCGCCGCCACGGGCACCCUCGCCGGCGGUGCAGACGCCAACAGUCGAAACCCCGGUGGUCGAGACACCGUCGGCGCCAACGCCGGUGGUCGAGACGCCGGUUCUGGAGAUGCCGCUGGUGGAAAAGGACGAGCCGGAGAAACCGGGGAAGGCGCCGACAAAGAAGGAAAACCAGAAAAGGAAGCGACAGCAGGAGAAGAAGGCGGCGCAAAAGAAGGGCGCGCAACUCCCAAUGGCAACAGGGGGGACCCAGGGGAGGAAAGAAGCCUAAAUGACUCGGAGCCUUCGGGCAAUAGUACCCUUACUCCCGAUGUUACUUCGUCGCAUUCGCAAUCCGAUGCUCCCAUCCUUGUUGACGUUACUACUUCUACACCGACCACUGCUCAACCUCAGCAACCCCAGAACGCGGACGAGACGGCGGCGCCUGCUGACCAGCCGAAAGAAAUCG